AUGGCAUCAAAAGCAACUGGAAGCAAUUCAUCCUCGAAGAAGAAGUUGUCAGAUGGCACUGAAGGUAAAAAAAGUAGCUCCAAGAGCAAUGCACCUGUUGUGUUUAUCACAAGGCCACAUUCUGAGGACAAUGAAAAACUACUUGGAACCGUAUUUAUGAAUCCAACGGUUAUGAAGGAUUGCGGAUAUUCAUCAGGUAAUAUAUGUAUUGUGUCCAAAGAAGGACAGCCGGGGGUUGCUGCUAUUUUACAGAAUGGUGAAGAGUCGCAACAAGAUAAUGUUAUUAAGGUAUCGACACCUCUCAGAUCUGUUGGCUCAUUGCUAUUAGGUGAGCGUGUUACCAUUAAAAAAGCUCAAUAUCAACCAGAUUAUGCUAGUAAAAUUACUGUAGGAAGCUUGCAAGGCCAUGAAAUUAGUGAAAACAACCAAAAAGCUGUUGAAAGGCUUUUGAAUAGCUGUGGAAUAGUAAUGCCUGGUAUGAUUUUUAGUAAUCUAACGUGUGAUGAGGUAUCUUCGAAAUCAGACAUACUUAUCGUUGAUAUUGAAAGUAUUGACAAUGUCAAGCAGACCAUGGCCGAGUUAAAGAUAUCUGAUGGUUCAGAGAACAGAUAUACACCUUACUUAUCUCCAGCAGGUAUUUUUAAAAAGGGCUAUACGAAAAUUAUUUAUACAACACGUAUUGAAGUUGAUAGACGAUUCAAACUUUCAAAGCCGUUGCGGUAUAGUUCAGUUGGUGGGUUAUCUAGAGAAAUACAAAAGUUAAAGGAGACUAUCGAGGCCCCAUUAUAUGAAUCUGAGUUUUAUGAAGAAUGUGGUAUCCACCCUCCUAGAGGUAUUCUAUUACACGGACCACCAGGUACGGGUAAAACAAUGUUACUACGUUGUGUUGCAAACGAGAAUGUAGCCCAUAUACAAACCAUCAACGGGCCAUCAAUUACAUCAAAGUAUUUGGGCGAAACAGAGGAGAAGUUAAGAGGAAUUUUUGAAGAAGCUCGUAAAUUUCAACCUUCUAUUAUUUUAAUCGAUGAAAUAGAUUCAAUUGCACCAAAUAGAAAUAAUGAUGACUCCGGGGAGGCUGAAAGCAGAGUUGUUGCCACAUUGUUAACCUUGAUGGACGGUGUGGAUAGUGAAGGGCGUGUAGUAAUUGUUGCAACAACCAAUAGACCAAACAAAAUUGACCCUGCGUUGAGAAGGCCUGGAAGAUUUAACACUGAAGUUGAGAUUGGCGUUCCAGAUGCUGUAUCCAGAAGAGAAAUAUUGAAGAAGCAACUCAGCAACAUGUCUGAAAAGCGCCGUGACUUCACUGAUGAUGAAAUUACUGAAAUAGCUGAUAAAACCCAUGGUUAUGUGGGUACGGAUUUGAGUGGACUAUGUACCUUGGCUGUAGCGCAUAGUAAGCAUAGAGCUAUUAUUGAAGGUAUAAAAAUUCCUGAUUUGAAGAUAAAUGUAAAGGAUUUUGAGGCUGCCAUGCUGGAAAUUAAACCAAGCGCCAUGAGGGAAAUAUUUUUAGAAAUGCCAAAGGUAUAUUGGUCAGAUAUAGCAGGUCAAGAGCAGUUGAAAAGUGAACUUGAAGAGGUUAUUCAGUUACCACACAAAGGAGCAGAUAAAUUGCGUAGAUUUCAAGUGUCUCCCCCCAAAGGUAUGUUAUUAUAUGGUCCUCCUGGUUGCUCAAAGACGUUAACGGCUAAAGCAUUGGCAACCGAAUCUGGUUUCAAUUUCUUUGCCAUUAAAGGCCCAGAAGUUUUGAACAAGUAUGUUGGUGAGACAGAAAGGACGGUACGGGAAUUAUUCCGUAAAGCCAAAGCUGCUGCUCCAAGUAUUAUUUUUAUUGAUGAAAUUGAUGAAUUAGCCAAGACUCGAGACCAGGAGGCAUCUUCUGCAGCCUCCGGUAACGUCCUAAUAACGUUGUUAAAUGAAAUAGAUGGCGUUGAAGAACUAAACGGUGUUGUCGUAGUGGCUGCAACGAAUAAGCCUGAAAUAAUAGACUCUGCGUUAAUCAGAUCCGGGAGAUUGGACAAACAUAUAUAUGUCAGUCCUCCAAACUUCGAGGCUAGAUUACAAAUAUUAAAGAAUUGUACGAAAACCUUCGGCCUAAAAACUGAGGAUGUUGAUCUACACAAUUUAGCAAAUCUAACAGAGCAUUGCUCUGGUGCUGCAGUAACUCAAUUGUGCAGAGAUGCUGCAAUUGCGGCAACAAGGGAAGAUUUUGUUGAUGGUGAUGUUGAAGCCCGUCAUUUUGAAGUUGCAUUGACUAAGCUAACUAAGGACGUAAUGCCUGAAAGUUUGGUCUCCUACGAACGCUUUUCCAAAAAACGAGGAAUAUAG